UUUCGAAGCGUCCACGUCUCGUGGGUGGAGUGAGUUUCUCUUAAGCACACGUAUACUAAACCAUACACCAGUCCGAGAUCACACGACAGCUGAUCCCAAACUCUGAUAUCUCCAACUCUUCAUUUUGUUUAAUAAAAAGAGCAAAAGAUGGUGGCAAAACAGAGGAUUCGCAUGGCGAACGAGAAACACAGCAAGAACAUCACUCAGAGAGGCAAUGUGGCCAAAACCACGAGAGGCUCUCAAGAAGAGAAGGCAGCGGUGGGACCCUGGCUUCUCGCCUUGUUUGUCUUUGUAGUAUGUGGAUCAGCAAUAUUCCAGAUCAUCCAGAGCAUCAGGAUGGGAAUGUGAAAUAAACGGUCUUCAGCAUUGUACAUCACUUAGCUUUUUUCCUCUGAGGAUUGCUUGAUCAUUGCUCUUUUCUUAUUUAAUCUUUGUCUUUUUCACCUCAACACCACGGUCUCUUGUGCCUUACUCAAAAGCUGGAGGAACAUUAUCUUCUGAAACAUUCCAGUGUGGGACUUCAGUCAGCAUUGCUGCUGAAUCCUAGGCAAUAAACUCAAGACUACAAAUGACUGUUUGAUCUUUUUCUGUGGAAAAAAAACACGUUUGUUUAAAUGAAAUGAUGCAUUGAAUUUUCUAUGUUCUAGAUUUUGGACCAGUACAUGUUUGUUAUCAUUAUUUGGUACUAUGCACCUUUAUUGGAUUUUCUUCUACAUUUAGAACUGAAUGUGUGUUUCUUAACUGUUUGCAAGGAAAUGAAGGACCACAUAUUCAGUUGUAUCUGUAGAGAACAUGGAAAAAUAAAAAAAAUCAAGACUUAAAA